AGAUAUUGUGUCAAUAUUUGUUUAAUGAAUUCCGAUAGAAUUACCGAUGUGUUAGCAGUAAACUGAGUUCAUGUCACAUCGAAUUUUCAGAAUCACAUUAAAACAACUGAGUGUGUUCUGAAAUAAAUCAAAGUUGAUUGAAAAUCACUGAUUUCUAUCGAAAGUGUUGAACAAUUUUGCACUAUAAACAUAAUUUUUUAUAUAUAAGACAAAUUAUAAUCGCAUUUUCACGUACGGAAGAUACAAGCUGAUCCUGCCCAGUUUGCGUCCGCAGCGACCGACAACAUGGGUAGAAAAAAUUCCACGAAGAAGAUCCUGGACCCGGAGAGCGGAAGCAUUGAGGUAGAAUCUGAAGGAAGUUUCAGCAGCAAAAGUCGCCUACAGGAAAAGCUACAGUCGCUGAUGCCAGUCAGAAAGCUCGGUCAUGUAAAUUUCAGCGACCACUUCAUCACAGCUUCUCGGCUACAACACGAGGAACCCAUCACCCAAAAGCCAUCCAUCACAAACUCACAGCACACACAAGACACUAACAAGUCUUGGUCAUGUCUUAAGCCAUUCAAGCGCCAGAUGACGUGGCUGAACAACAACGCGUCGUACGUCUUUUUCUUGGCCUGUUUUGUGGCAGCGAACGCCGUGCUUUUUGGCCUACGAAUUUGGCAAUAUAGGCAUGCCUACGUCAUGGAAAUGAUGGCGAGGGCUUUCGGACAAUGCUUGAACCUGAACUGUGCGCUGCUGCUGUCGCUGAUCUUACGUCGCAGCAUCACGCGCCUGCGCAACUCCAAGCUCGGCGCUGUCCUGCCCUGCGACCGACAUGUUCACCUCCACAAGAUGGCCGGCUGGGCAGUGUUCAUGUGUUCACUUCUGCACACUAUGUUCCAUGUCUGCAAUUUAGUGAAAGUAUCAGAAGAGACUGGCAUUAGCUUCUGGAGUUACAUGCUGGAGACGCGACACGGCAUUGGCUGGAUCUGGGGUCUUGCUAACCAGAGCGGCAUCCUGCUCCUUGUGAUGCUUUUCGUGAUCGUUACCUUCAGCCAUCGAUGCAUCAGGAAAUCGGGAUAUUUUGAGGUGUUCUACUUCACGCACCUGCUCUCCCUGCCCUUCUGGGUGCUGAUGGUAGUUCACGGACCGCGCUUCUGGAUGUGGCUUUUGGUGCCUGGGACUGCGUUCGUGGCCGAAGCCUGUGUCCGCGUCAUGCAAGUGUAUUCUGACCGCGGCCGCACCUCUGUCGUCGCGGUCGAAGAGCUUCCGUCACAGGUGAUGAAAUUGACUAUCCAACGGCCCCAAGAGUUCGAAUUCAGGGCUGGAGAAUACGUCUACCUCAACGUCCCCUCUGUUGCCAAGCAUGAGUGGCAUCCCUUCACGAUAUCGUCCGCUCCUGAGCAGGAAGGAACCUUCACAGUCCACGUGCGUUCAGUGGGAGGUUGGACGCAACGACUGCUGGAUCUCCUCCGAGACGCUCCUCAGAAGCAGCUGCAUCCUUCCCUUCUGGAGCAGUACGGCUUAGUUGGGUCCCAAAGACUCCAGACAAAAUCUUGCAGUUCCGGCAGCCUUAACGGUGAUAAUUCAUCUAUCAUGGAAGGCAAGCUGGAUUCUGGCAGUUUCGCCAUUGACAAACGCACCGACAGCUCAUCGUUUGAGAACCUAUCGAGUCGUUACUAUGCGAACCUCAUUGAAUUUAACCGCAAAGCCAGCAACUGCGGCAUACAGCCUGCAGUGCUGCUUCUUGAGAACGAAAUAAAAGCCCAGAACUCCGGCCUCAACUCGAGAACUAGGAAAAGAUCCAGCAGCCUCAGCUCCUUGCACAACGCUGGUUCCGAGGUCGGCCAAUGGACUCCCAGGCUACUCGACUCAGCCAACACCUCGACCACGGGCAGCCUAACUAGCCUGCAGAAUUUAGACUUGGCUUUUCAGCCGCGACUCUGCAACUCGAAGCCCUCUUACUCGAGUUCACCAAACGUCCUCCAGCAGAAACACAGUCAUCAGUUCCGAAUGGGACCUGCCACCAGUAUACAGCCUGUAGAAGUAUUCGUGGAUGGACCGUACGGGACGCCGUCUUCGUCCAUCACGAAGGUGGCCCACGCGGUGCUCAUCGGGGCAGGCAUCGGCAUCACGCCCUUCGCGUCUGUCCUCCAGAGCAUCAUGCACAGAUACCGUGCCGCGAAGGUGCCAUGUCCGCACUGCAACGUCGCUAGCUGCGUCAUGCUGCCCACUACACUCAAGAAACUCAGACGAGUAGACUUUGUGUGGGUGAACAGAGACAUCAGUCACUUCGAAUGGUUCUUGGAGAUGCUGGGGUCCCUAGAGAGUGAACAGCAGCAGUCAGGAGCAGCGAUGGAGAAGUUCUUACAGCUGCAGCUCUACAACACCGGCGACCUGCCUCUGCAGUCGACCCUGCCGUUCGCUGCCGCAGUCCGUCAGGGGAGGCCAGACUGGGACACUGUAUUCAGCGGCAUCCGCAGCGCCGCAGGCAAGAGGGAGAAAGUGUGUGUGUUCUACUGUGGUCCCCCAGCCCUCGCUCCAGUCCUCAAACAGAUGUGCAUAAAAUACAGACUCGAAUUCCGCAGAGAAAUGUUUUGAGUCGUGUUCUCUAUUUAUUUUUGCAAUAUUAUUACGUAUUAUAUCUAUCUUUGGUGCGCUGUGCACCUGAUUUUAAGUAAUGUACAAAGCAUUGAAGUAUUUAUGUCAUUGUCUUUAUUACAUUAUAUUUUGUGUCAUUUCUUAAUACAUGGCAAUUUAUUUAUACAGCAAAGUGCUGCCUUAUUUACUUAUUUAACUACAAAUAUAUGAUGCAUAUUGUAACGUGAUGGUUUACAGACUGCUCUGACUCCGAAACGUUUUCUCUUAUAAGAAAUGGCGAACUUCUUGGCGAUAUUAUUUGCUUUUAAAUCCCUGGUAAAUUUGCGAUUUAAGCAACCAAAUAAUCUUAAUGCUAUGCGUACUUCAUUAUAUGAUAUGUUGAACAUGACAAAUCAAACGUCCCUCAUAGUGUUUAAAACAAUAGGAAUAAUUUUGAUAUAAAAUUUAUAUAAUACG